CAAGAGAUCUUUUGGCUGUUCAUUUGUACAUCAUUUAAAUUGCAUUUUGUUUGGUUUUGCAGAAGCAGGAUUUUUCUUGUCAAAGAUGAGUUUAAUAUCGCAAAAUAUUCCCCCCAAAAGUAAAGCUAAAAUGACUAAAAGGGAGGAUAUCAAUAACCUCUCCUCUAUGCAAGGGAAUGAAGAUGCUCAAAAUGAAUAUUUGGAUGUUUCAAGGAUGAAUAAGAAAAAGAAAAGGAAAGAACACAAUGAAGAGAAUGAGAAGCUAGUAAUUGAGCAAGAAAGAGAAAUGAAGAAGCUUGAAAACUCUUUGUUUGGAUCUCUAUAUUCCCCUGUUGAGUUCAGGAAGGAAGACAAGGAAGAGAUUCAAGACAAGCUUGAGAAAGGUUCUGCCUGAUUCAUAACGGAUCGUUCUGCAAAGCAAGCUCCUGUUCAUGAAGAGGAUGCAGAAUUAUCAGAAAUAAGCAAUGACGAGCUAGAAACUAAGCAAAGAAAACCAGUCUGGGUGGAUGAGGAAGAGGAUAAAACCAACAUAAAUAUUGCUAAAGUUAACAGAUUAAGGAAGUUGAGGAACGAUGAGAGUUUGAUUUCAGGUUCAGACUAUUUGUUGAGAUUGAGGGCUCAGCAUAUUAAGCUGAACCCUGGCACAGAAUGGGCCCAAUUUGAUUCAAGGUCAAGGAAUGAUACAUCUUUUGAUUAUGAAUCAUCGGAUGAAGAAAAUGGGGCAGUACUGGCCCAUAAUUACAAGAAUGUUGAAGUUGUUGAAGAUAUCCUUCAAACAAAUGAAAGCCUUGUUGUGAGGAGCAGCACUAACUUGUUGCCUGGACGUCUUGAAUAUUCAAGGCUUGUAGAUGCAAAUGCAGAGGAUCCUUCAAAUGUUCCAAUAAAUUCAGUUCAGUUCCAUUGAAAUGCGCAGCUGCUACUAGCUGCAGGAUUGGAUCGAAGGCUUAGAUUUUUUCAUAUUGACGGCAAACGGAAUACCACGAUACAAAGUAUCUUCCUUGAUGAUUGCCCCAUUCGAAAGGCAUCUUUCUUGCCUGAUGGGUCUUAGGUUAUUGUAGCAGGAAGGAGAAAGUUCUUCUAUAGCUUUGAUUUAGUGAAAGCAAAAAUUGAUAAAAUUGGCCUGGUUGGCAGGGAGGAGAAAAGCCUGGAAGUUUUUGAGGUUUCCCCUGAUUCAAGUACAAUUGCCUUUGUGGGAAAUGAAGGUUAUAUCUUGCUGGUUUCUACCAAAACAGAGGAACUGAUUUGGACGCUAAAGAUGAAUGGAACAGCUCGUUCUUUAGCUUUUGCUGAAGAUGGUCAGCAAUUAUUGAGCUCUGGUGGUGAUGGCCAGGUCUACCAUUGGGGCUUGAGAACAAGGGCUUGCUUCGGUAAGGCAGUCGAUGCAGGUUGCGUAAACAGUACAAGUCUUUCAACUUCCCCAAAUGGAAAAUUGUUUGCAGCUGGUUCAGACAGUGGGAUUGUGAAUGUUUACAACAGAGAGGAGUUCUUAGGGGGCAAGAGAAAGCCUAUCAAGACCAUAGAAAAUCUAACCACCAAAGUGGACUUUCUGAAAUUUAACAAUGAUGCUCAAAUAUUGGCUAUUUCAUCUAGCAUGAAGAAGAACGGCUUAAAGUUGAUACAUGUUCCAUCAUUUACGAUAUUCUCAAACUGGCCUCCCCUCAAGAAGUCCCUACAAUAUCCACUAUGUUUGGAUUUCAGUCCUGGUGGUGGUUUCAUGGCCAUGGGAAAUGCUGGUGGAAAAGUUUUGUUAUACAAACUGCAUCAUUACAAUCAUGCUUAAAAAGGAAUGUGACAUUUCAAUAAAAGAAAUACUGCUUUUAUUGAAAAUGUUACAGGUCAAGAACAAACAACAAAGGGAGACAUCCAACAUCUUACUCCUGUCUGGCCUUACCAAGAAGAUUGGCAAUUGUUGUGUUAAGUUGAAAUUUCCAGAAAGUUUAUUAGAGGAAGAAGAGGUGCUGCCUUGAUAGGCAAAUCAAAGGAAGGAAGCCAACUCUCAUUUCUCACAACAUUCCAAGAUCCUAAGAAAACAAUGUUUGUUGCAAUCCGUGAGGUGCUUCUCUACACAGCUCAUAUAAGAAGAGUGGUGAUCCUAACUAAUAGCAAGGAAAUCCAACUUUUUUGGAGGUCUAAGACUCACUGGCCUUGGUGGAUUGAAACCUUAUUAAAAGAUAUAUAUAAUAUUAUUAAGCAA